UUGAGAUUGGAUGGAGCAUAAAAAUAAGAGAACAAACUGAAUCUUUGUAAAUUGAUAACCGAGGGGGGUUCUCUAAAAAGUUUUCAAAAUUUGAACUUAAUACUUAUUAAUAAUUUUUAUACUGGAAUAUUUUCUUUGCUUGUUAAUUAUUUUGCUAGUUUUUAUAACUUCAUUAGUUUCCCUCGUAAAAAGUAGGAUUGUAUGCAAGUGACCACAUCUUUACCGCCAUUAAGUAAAAUGAGUGAACUACUGGGAGGUGAUGAGUCGUUCCUAUCUCUGUGGACAGACAACUUCCUGACAAAGCCCAUGGGACUGGACUGGUCUCUCAAGGACCAACAAAUUGUCCCUGUGCCAAUUGUGAUCCUUGAUGAUGGGAGGAUCGCUUUCAAAUCAGAUGAUGGCCAGAUUUGCUUGUUAGAUGGUCUGACAGGUGUGGGAGUGGGCGUAGGGGAGGAGGCCAGUCUGGCCUUGCCGCCUUGCCUGAACGAUGCCUCAGGUGAUCUUCCCUCUCUCAGUGAUGCAGCUAUCAAGUCCAUGUUGGUACAGGGAGCUUUGGACCAAGACCCGGAGCUGCCCCUGGUGGGUCCUGACAUACCGGAGUUACCGGACAAGGAUCUAGCAGAUGAUGACCUCAAGGCUCUGGUCUCAUUCCGAUGUCAAUUCUGUGACUUCUCCUCUGCUGAUGUGCCCAGUCUGAUGCACCACUCCGAGACCGUGCAUGCUGAGCUUCAGUCAGAAGCUGAAAAAGAUCAAGAUGAAAUUGUGGAAGAAGUGGCUGAUUCUCCUUCUUCUUCUUCAGAUGUGCCUGUAAAACUGGAAUCCACUGAGCCUACAGUAGACAUGGAAGAUGAAGACAUUGUGGAACAGUUUGUCUACUUGUGUUCCGAGUGCAAGGAAGGCUUCAACUCUGUUACCCAGUGUAGAGAUCACAUGAUCAAGGACCAUAACAUGGUGUUUGACAGUGUGCGAGGAAAAGACCAGUGGACUAAGAAAGAUACAGAAGUAGAGAUUGUCCCUCCAGACACCCCUUCGGUUCCUCCUACGCCCCCACCUCCACCUAAACUUGCUUCUUUUGAGAAUAUCAAACAACCAGUCACAAAAGUGAAGGACUAUGAUCCAGAAUUUGAAGCUAAGCCUUACAAGUGUCCCGAGGUGUUCUGUGUGCACAGAUUCCGCACAAUCACUGUUCUGGAGCAACACAUGAAGUGUCACUUGCAGGACGAGACACGCAGGUUUGUCUGUACAACUUGCUCGAAUAUCUUCCUCAAGUGGAGCCAAUGUGCACAGCACCUUUGGAAGGAGCAUAAAAUUGACAUUGAUCUGUAUACUUGUAAGGUGUGUCACGUGUACAAGACGACGACACGCAAGAAGCUGGAGAGCCACUGUCGGAUACACAGUGAGGAGCGGCCAUACAAGUGUACAGAGUGUAACAAGGGCUUCAAACAGCGGACACAACUCAUCAACCACACAGUCUCGGUACACAACAAGGACAAGUGCAACGCACCUAAGUGGUACAUGAAUCAAAAGUGUGAGAUCUGCCUGAAGACGUACGCAGACAGCAAGUCACUCAAGAAGCACCUGCAAGCGGUCCACAGCAAGUUGAAGCCGUACAACUGUCAGAUCUGCGGUCACAUGAGUGCACGCAAGGCGAUGUUGCAGGCGCACAUGCGCCAACACACUGGCGAGAAACCUUUCGCUUGUGAAAUGUGCUUGUUCCGCACAGGCGACCACAACUCACUGCGGCGUCACAUGAUGCGCCACACAGGCAAGAGACCAUACCGGUGUCCGCACUGCGCCUACUCCUCCAUACAGUCUUCCUCGUUCAAGUCACACCUGCGGUCCCGACACCCCCGGCCAGUCGGGGGUGUACACGUGCAACAAGUGCUUCUUUGCCACCGCCGACUAAGUGCUUCUUUGGCCACCGUCAGUGAACACAGUUACCGCAAACACAUGUCUGACCACAGGCUAAACCUCAUACCUGACAGUGAGUUUGUCUCCAUCACUCUAGUCUUGUCUCACUCUAAUAAUUAG